AUGUCUGCCAAGGAGUAUCUGCAGGAGCAGGCAUACCACUAUGCUGAUGUAGGUCGCAAUAGGCCUGUGCUGGUUUUAGGCGUGGCCAUCAGCAUCUGGGUUGUCGUUAAACUUCUGUUCAUGGGCAGAAGAGAGAAGGGUCUCCCUCCAGGGCCCCCAACUCUGCCUAUCCUGGGAAAUCUUCAUCAGAUUCCAUUGACUGGCCUUCACGCAAAAUUCCUUCAAUGGGGCGAACAGUUCGGAGGUGUCUUCUCCCUAAAGCUCGGCUCUGGAACAAUGAUCGUCCUCUACGACCGCAAGGCAAUUCAUGACUUGGUGGAUAAAAAGGGUGUCAUCUACGCGGAGCGACCCAAAAAUCACGUGGCUGAUAUUGUCACGCAUGGCGACAGCUUCGCGUUCAUGAACAACACUCCGAUGUACAAGCAACAGCGCAAGAUUGCUGCUCAUAACUUGUCGCCGAGAGUUCUUGACGAAAAUGCCGGUCAUAUCCAAGACGCUGAAAUAUCGGUUCUUAUGCGCGACCUGAUCGACGACCCCGAAGACUUCUACCAUCACAUCAUGCGAACCACCUGUUCAGUAGCCUGCGCUAUGGUCUUUGGGCAGCGAGGCAAAACUUACGACUCCUUCUUUGGCCGCUGUGUUUACGAUGCGAUGGACUUGUAUAGUGAGUCUCUCGAGCCCGGCGCCAAUCCUCCGGUGGACGAGUUCCCCUUCCUCAAGUACCUUCCCGACUUCUUAAGCCCAUGGAGGUCGCGUGCCAAGCGUUCUUAUGAGGCCAUGGAUCUCACCUGGGCCAAAGCCCGAGAGUUACUCGACAAACGACGUUCGACUGGAGAGCGCCGCGUGUGCAUAGCUGAUAAAGUUCUUGACGAUCCCAAACAGCUAGUCAUGAUGACCGACAUGCAACUUAACCAUUUCCUGGGCGUCCUGGUCGAGGGUGGUGCUGAUACCACUUCGUCAUCCAUCCUGACCAUGAUUCUCUGCCUUUCGCGUCACCCCGAGUACCAGAAAAUGGCUCAAAAGGAACUGGACGCACUUUGCGGCAACGAAAGGAUGCCGGUGUGGUCCGAUUUCGCUAAACUGCCAUUCAUCAACUGCAUUGUGAAGGAGGGUUUGAGGUGGCACCCCGUGCUUCCCCUUGGAGUCCCUCACCGUGUGGCACAAGAUGACUACUACGAAGGCAUGCUUAUCCCCAAAGAUGCGACUGUCGUCAUUCCUUCAUAUGCCAUCCAGAGAUCUGAGCGUUACAACUACGAGGAUCCCGAAGAGUUUAAGCCAACAAGAUUCCUCAACCACCCACGCUUAGCCAGUGAUUAUGCCGGAAGCCCAGACUUUAACAACCGAGAUGAGUAUCCUAAACGUCAGUUGAAUAAGAUCAAAAAGCUAACAACCCCAGCACAUCAUUACGGAUAUGGCGCUGGCCGCCGCAUAUGCCCCGGCAUGCACCUGGCUGAGCGUACGCAAUGGCGUGCCAUCGCUAAGCUAUUAUGGGCAUUUGACAUUGAAUUGCCGACGGACCCUGCCACGGGCAAUAAGGUUAUCCCCGAUCCGGAAAACUACAAGGAGGGAAUUGCCCAUGGACCGAAACCGUUCAAAGUCGUUUUCAAGCCCCGCAGCCAAAAGCACGUCAACCUCAUCCGAGGGGAUGUUUUGGAGAGUUUAAAGGUGCUGCAGGCGUACGAAUAG